AUGUCCUCAAAGAAAAAAGCCUCUUCCCAACACAAAACAAAAGGAUCAUCGUCAUCAUCAUUAUCGGAUCAAGACGACAAUGAAACUCAAGUGAUUGAUAUCAUUAAAUUUCCAAGGACUCCUCAUCUCUUUGCUACGAACAAGGAUGUUUCUCGUGAUGAUUUAGUGUUGGACGAACGCGAUGUGGCCUCCAGUUUUUAUUCAGUGGCUCAAGCUCCAUUCAUUACUCUUGAAGAAAAAAUUGAUGGAUCUAAUUUGGGAAUUUCACUCGAUGUCGAGUCGUAUAAAUUGAGAUGUCAAAAUAGAUCACACUAUGUCACAUGCCAAUCGCAUUCACAAUUUAAAACAUUGCAGUCGUGGCUGGAUGAACAUAGUGGUGAGCUCUAUGCUCUCCUUUCUGCAAACAAUAAUGGAUAUAUUCUUUAUGGAGAAUGGGUGUAUGCAAAACACUCCAUUUUGUACGACAAAUUACCAGAUACUUUUAUUGCAUUCGAUAUUUAUGACAAACAUGCAGAAAAGUUUGUCUCGGUUCAGAAAAGAAAUCAGUUGUUGAACUUGCAUGCUCCCACUUUGUGUGUGAUUGAACAAAUUCCAAAUAAUAACGGGGCAAGUCUCACUAAGGAAUAUCUCAUGCACUUGCUGAAUACAUACAAGUCGCAUUACUCCUCUACUGACGAGCCUAUUGAAGGAGUCUAUAUUCGAAUCGAUGAAGGAGAUUAUCUAAAAAAACGAGCAAAAGUUGUUCGAUCAGAUUUUAUUCAAGCCAUUGAUACUCAUUGGUCUACAAUGGAAUUAGUGAAAAAUAGAAUUGACUUUUCAUUAAAAAAGUAUUGA